UUUCAGAGGUUACUCACCCGAAGUGACAAAAAAUCGAGUAACGCGACCACCGGAUGGUCUAAAAGAAUCUGUUUCCCGCCUUAAAUUCUGGGUAUUGAGAUAAUCCUGACAGGCACGGUUUUACUGCUACCGAGGCAGGGCUCCGUGGGGGAAGCAGGCAAUGACUGAACUGUGGUGAAGGAUGGGUUUAGUUUAUAGAGCCUCCCUUUUGAACCGGCUCCAGACCGCAUUCCUUUGGGGUGGAUCACCGCGGGCUGGAGCUGGCGCUGUGAGUCACAGCGCCGGGCCGGUAUAAACUCCCGGAGACAGCCCGGCUUCAGGACCAGGGCACCCCGGAGACGAGGGGAAGAGGGACGUGUGGAGCGGGCUCACGACAUAAACAAAACGCCCCCAGGAAAAACGCUCGGCACAGAGUGCAGAAAGCGCCGGUACUGACCGCUCUCGGCUGACCCUGCCAAAGCCAGCUGGAGGAGGAGGACACAGCCUGCUCGACAGUCCCCUGCUCGCACCGAGGACACCCCGAGAAUGCCCUCCCUGCGCCCGCUGCUCCUGCUGUCCACCGUCGCCCUGUCGGCGCUGUCCUCGGUCAUGGACCGGAGAAACGAGUACACCGAGGCCACGGACUACCUGAAGCAGUACGGCUACCUCAGCACCCCUCUGGACCCGCAGGCCUCGGGCUUUCAGCCGGAGGAGAUAGAGGAGGCCCUCAGGGUCUUUCAGAGGGUGACUCAGCUGCCUGUGACCGGGACGAUAGACAAGGCCACUCUGGCCAUGAUGAGGCGGCCGCGCUGCGGGAUCGAGGACCCCUUCAACCAGAAGACCUUUAAAUACCGCCUGCUGGGGCGCUGGCGCAAGAAGAACCUGACCUACCGCAUCCACAACCACACCCCUGACCUGGGACUGGCCGAGACCAGAGCCGCCAUCCAAUCGGCCUUCCACUACUGGAGCGAGGUGGCGCCCUUGACCUUCCAGGAGGUGACGGGGGGGCGGGCCGACAUCAAGAUCUCCUUCCACAGGAGGAGCCACGCCUGCUCCGUGGCCUUCGACGGGCCAGGACGGGUGCUCGCCCACGCGGAUGUCCCAGAGUCCGGCAUCGUCCACUUCGAUGAAGAUGAGUACUGGACCGAGGGGACAUCCCGUGGCGCCAACCUGCGCAUCAUCGCGGCCCACGAGAUUGGGCACGCCCUGGGCCUGGGUCACUCGCAGUACCCCAGCGCUCUCAUGGGCCCCGUCUACAAUGGGUACAAAUCCAACUUCUGGCUGCACCCUGACGAUGUCCGUGCCAUCCAGGCUCUGUACGGGAAGCGUGUGCCCAGCGUGCCCAGCGUGCCCAGCGAGCCUCAGGCGCCAGCCCCCUCGGUGCCCCCCGCUGUCGUCCCGGAUGAGCAGGGCGACGUGCCAGACCCCUGCACUGCUGAUCUGGAUGCCAUCAUGCUGGGGCCCUACAGGAAGACGUAUGCGUUCAGCGGACAGUACAUGUGGACGGUAUCUGACCUGGGACACAACAGGCCCAUGAAGAUCAGCCUGCUGUGGAAGAGCCUCCCAGGGAACCUCGAUGCUGCCGUGCACUCUCAGCGGACCAACAAGACGUACUUCUUAAAAGGGGACAAGGUCUGGAGAUACACCGGCUUCCGCCUGGACUACGGCUACCCAAAACCUCUCACUCGCAUUCCCCCCAACAUUGACGCUGCCCUCUACUGGGACGUCAACCAGAAGAUCUUCUUCUUCAAGGGCGACGGCUACUGGCAGUGGGACGAGCUGGUGUACAACGACCUCAGCAUGUACCCCAAACCCAUCUCCCAGCUCUUCACCGGGGUGCCCUCGCACCCUGGCUCCGCCUUCACCUGGACCAACGGCAAGAUCUACUUCUUCAAGGGGGACCGGUACUGGCGCGUGAACGAGCAGCUCCGGGCCGAGCGGGGGUACCCACAGAGCAAGAGGGAGCGCUGGAUGCAGUGUCACAAGUAGACCGGUAACCCCCCCACCCCACCCCCAUCGUCUACACAGUGUGCAUGGUGCAGAACUUUGUCUACUCGGCCGCAGCCACAGGGAUGGCCAGAACAGCCGUGAACAAAUCAGACGCCAGCGCAGUGUGCCAAGAGAACCGCCCUCUUCAUUCCCCUCGACAUGCUCGUGCACAUCUUGUCAAUCUGGGAUUGUAGUGUCAUUAACAAAACGUAUCGCCGCAGGAACAAGAAGGGGUUAUGUCACGAACACAUCUGGAACCGAUUUCUGAUCGCACGUAUAUCAUCUGAUGGGUCAUUAGGGCUAAGUGCCCUUUUCCUCCUUAAAAAGUAUGUAGCAUCUUCAAUGCCCAAACCGCAGAGAGUCAGGACAGGGACAGUAGCAGUGUCCCUGUGCUUCCACACAGCUGGGGAUUGGGCUGGCUUGAAGGAGAGAGAGAGAGAGAGACACCUGGUGAUCUGGUUAUCACUUUGCACACCAUAGCAGGAACUAUGGUGCUAAUCUCAGCUGUCCAUUAGUCACAUCCCACAUUAUAUAGUGUUAAAAUAAGAUUAGGUUGGGAUAAGGCCCCAAACCAUCCUAGCCUGACCAGUUACGACUAUUAAUUCACUUAAUCAAUGAUGGUUACCAGUUUAGAUGCUUAAAAGGUGCAGAUUUCAAGUUGCACUACACAUAAACAUUAAAUAAAUUAAAAUCAGCACAACCCAAAAGUGACAGAAUUCCACCAGAGCAGUAGUGCUCCAAUAUGUCUCGAAUAGAAGCGUCUUUAAAUGGGAAGUAGGGAACUACUGCCACCCAAUGGUACAUAGUGGUAUCGACUGGAAUUUACCAAUUGAAGUUGAAGAAACGGGUUGUGUGGUGGUUCUGUGGCUAAGGAUCUGCGCCUGUGGCUGGAAGGUUGUCGGUUCGUAUCCCGCGGCUGGCAGAGGA